CCCGCAGUGAGGCCCUCCCCCAAUUUACAUUCCCUCUCCUCCCCCCAAACUCCGCUCGCCCCACCCUCAAAUGUCGUCGUCGUCUCCUCGAUCCCGCAUCGAUCAGUUCUACGCUUCAAGGAAGAGGAAACCCUCGUCAUCCUCCUCAAAGGCGCCAAAAAGCCCUACCCAUGGAUCGACUCCCUCUCCUGUUAAAGGUUCUCUCGAUACCUACCUCGUCAAAUCUCCCCGCGACGCCACCGGGCAAAAUCCGAUCGUCAAGAGGAAUCUCACCAAGGAGAUCCAUCUGUCGUUGCCUUCUUCUUUGAUGAGCCGAGGUUGCUCGAUAAGCAAAGAGGAGGAGGAGAAGGCUGUUGAAAAUGUUGGACAGAAUUCUGAGCUCAAAAAGUUUGCUGCCGAUUUCCUUUCUUUGUACUGCAGUGACCUGCCAUCAGCUGUGAACGCGGAGCCUGAGAUAGAACCGAAGGGGCAGAAGAGGAACGGGAGCCCGACUCUGUUACUUGCUUGUAAUAAAACUUGCGGUAAGAAGCAUUGUCUUUUAGAUCAACCUAACUCAGCCCAGGAAUUAGAGGAUGCUUCUUCUAGUAAAGAUCGUGUCGUUGAGACCUUGAAAACUGAGCAAAAUAAUCAGGAAUUAGCAUGUAAGAUCAGUGGUGAAAGCGACGGCGGUAGAAUUGGGUGCAUGAGUUUGAGAAAAUGUAGCCAUACUCCGAAUUCUAGUUUAAGUAAGAAGGACCUUGUUGCAACUGAGACACCUAAAUCUGUGUCUAGGAGGUCUAUGUUCUCUCCAGGAGAUGAAUUUUGGGACGAGGCAAUUCAAGUUGCUGAUGGAUUUUUUGUUCCAGCUGAUGAGAUGGUAAUAAAGGACGAGUCAUCUUGUGUUGCUCCUCUAAACCAUUGCGCGAAACCUAUUGAAAAGGAUGUUGAUGGAACUGGGAUUUUAUCCGAAUCUGUGAACCAUAAUAAUGGUUCACCGUUGCCAGUAAAGCAUUUUGACUUUUCUCGUGAAGAUAACACCGUUGUCGAGAGUACUUCCCAUUGUCGUGUUAAAGAAGUUGUACCUGUAACUGGUUUAGAGAACAAGUCGGCUGAUAGAGCUUCUUUAAGGCAAAAUGGAUUUCAGGCCUCAGAUGUCGAAGCACUAAGGGAGCAACAAAUUUGCUCUCCAAAAUCAAAGUCUAGUAGUGCAUCUCUUUUAUCUGAAAAGUUAGGUCAAGUCAUAGAGAGCGAUCUUGGUUUAGUGGCGAACAAGAGGAGAAGUGGGGUUUCAACUCAAACCAAUGACGCUGAGCAUAUGCAGAAUGAUAAGAUUCCAUCUAGUUGUCUGCCAGUGACUGGUUGUAAUGCUGCUACCGAGGCAAAAAGUUUCAGGUGUAGACCAGCAAAUGUCAUUUAUGAAGAAGCUAGAACUCCUAGUUCUAUUCCUUUAAAGGAUCAGUUGCAGCUAUCUUGUUGGCUUCCUUCUGAAGUAUGCAGCAUCUAUAUGAAGAAAGGCAUUUCAAAGCUUUAUCCUUGGCAGGUUGACUGUCUCCUUGUAGAUGGCGUCUUGGAGAAAAGAAAUCUUGUUUAUUCUGCAUCUACAAGCGCUGGUAAAAGCUUUGUCGCUGAAAUCUUAAUGUUGAGACGAGUUAUAUCAACUGAAAAAAUGGCACUUCUUGUACUUCCUUACGUAUCAAUUUGUGCUGAAAAGGCUGAACAUCUGGAAGUACUGCUCGAGCCACUUGGAAAGCAUGUGCGCAGCUUUUAUGGAAGUCAGGGUGGUCGAUCACUUCCUAAAGACACGUCUGUAGCUGUGUGUACAAUUGAGAAGGCUAACUCCUUAAUUAACAGAUUGUUAGAAGAAGGCCGCCUUUCUGAGCUUGGAAUCAUUGUUAUAGAUGAACUUCAUAUGGUUGGUGACCAACACCGAGGAUACCUUCUAGAGCUAAUGUUAACAAAGCUUCGAUAUGCUGCUGGGGAAGGAAACUCAGAGUCUAUUAGUGGUGAUAGUUCAGGAAGCAGUAGCGGAAGGGCUGAUCCCUCUCAUGGCUUGCAGAUUGUGGGGAUGAGUGCAACCAUGCCAAAUGUAACUUCUGUUGCCAAUUGGCUCCAGGCAGCACUUUAUGAGACUGAUUUUCGGCCCGUUCCACUAGAAGAAUAUAUUAAAGUUGGACAUAAUAUUUUUGACAAAAAGAUGGAUAUUGUCCGGAUGAUGCCUAAAUCUGCUGAAAUUGGGGGUAAAGACCCAGAUCAUAUUGUGGAAUUGUGUAAUGAGGUUGUUCAAGAAGGUCAUUCUGUGCUUUUAUUUUGCUCCAGUCGUAAAGGAUGUGAAUCAACUGCAAGGCACGUGUCUAGAUUCUUAAAGAAAUUCUCUCUUGGUAUACACACAGUUGAUUGUGAGUAUAACGAUGCUUGCUCUGCUUUGGAAGCAUUGCGGAGGUGUCCUGCUGGGUUGGACCCUGUACUGGAAGAAACAGUGCCUUGUGGUGUUGCCUAUCAUCAUGCUGGGCUCACGGUUGAGGAGAGGGAGAUCAUUGAAACUUGUUAUCGAAAAGGAAUCAUCCGUGUAUUGACUGCAACAUCGACGUUAGCCGCUGGAGUAAAUUUGCCCGCUAGACGGGUAAUAUUCAGACAACCACGAAUUGGGCGUGAUUUCAUUGAUGGUACGCGAUAUAGACAAAUGGCUGGUCGAGCUGGUCGGACUGGAAUAGAUACAAAAGGAGAGAGUGUACUUAUAUGCAAGCCAGAGGAGGUCAAAAAGAUUAUGUCUAUCCUUAAUGACAGUUGCCCGUCCUUGCAGUCUUGUCUAUCAGAAGAUAAAAACGGGAUGACUCAUGCCAUCCUUGAGGUUGUUGCUGGUGGAAUUGUUCAAACUGCAAGUGAUAUUCAUCGAUAUGUAAGAUGUACUCUUCUCAAUUCGACCAAACCAUUUGAAGAAGUCGUAAAAUCAGCUCAAGAUUCCCUUAGGUGGUUAUGCCAUAAGAAAUUUCUUGAAUGGAAUGACGAGACUAGGUUAUACAGCACAACACCUCUUGGCCGAGCAGCUUUUGGAAGUUCUCUCACCCCUGAAGAGUCACUUGUUGUGAUAGAUGAUCUUUCGAGGGCAAGGGAAGGCUUUGUUCUUGCAUCUGAUUUGCAUUUAGUUUACUUGGUGACACCUAUUAAUGUUGAGGUUGAACCUGACUGGGAGUUGUACUAUGAAAGGUUUCUGGAACUAGCUCCCAUUGACCAGUCAGUUGGCAAUCGUGUUGGGGUAGCUGAGCCUUUUUUGAUGCGCAUGGCCCACGGUGCUCCUCCUCUUGCAAAAGCAAGAUUGAGAGGAAAAAAGAGCGGUCUUGGUGACAAUCUCCAAAACCGGAUCACAGCAAAUGACAAUGCUUAUAUUGGUAACGAACAAACACUUCGUGUGUGCAGGCGAUUCUAUGUCGCUCUCAUGCUGUCCAGACUAGUUCAGGAAGUCCCUGUUGCUGAUGUCUGUGAGGCCUUCAAAGUUGCUAGAGGCAUGGUCCAAUCUUUACAAGAAAAUGCUGGUCGGUUUGCUUUAAUGGUAUCUAUUUUUUGUGAAAGACUUGGUUGGCAUGACUUUGAAGGACUUAUUUCCAAGUUUCAGAAUCGAGUCUCCUUUGGUGUAAGGGCAGAGAUUGUGGAACUAACUACAAUUCCACAUGUUAAGGGGUCAAGAGCAAGGGCGCUAUAUAAAGCUGGUCUGCGCACUCCUCUGUCCAUCGCUGAAGCUUCCAUUCCUGAAAUUGCAAAUGCACUUUUUGAAUCUUCCUUGCGUGCUGGACAAGAGGGUUCAGCUAUGCGACGUGUACAAAUGGGAGUAGCCAAAAAGAUAAAAAAUGGUGCACGGAAGAUUGUUCUUGACCAGGCAGAAGAAGCGAGAAUUGCUGCCUUUUCUGCGUUUAAGUCCCUUGGAGUUGAGAUACCUAAGAUGUCACGACCUUUACUUGCUGGUGCCGCUGGGGACUCACCUCCACGAGGUGAUGACACAGCAGAUGAGAACCCUCAAGUUGCCCCUAGCAUAGCAGAUAAUGGAAGAUAUAUGGUGCCUAAUGAUAGAUCAAAUGAAGUCAAAAGGGAAGAGUUUACUAUGAGCAUGAAGGUAAAGGCUACUAAAGGAGUAAGCUCUGUAGGAGGCGAACGAGAUACCUGUAAUUCGCCCGUAGAUAGAUCUCUUGUGGCGCCAUCUUCUACAACUACCUUCCCUCCUGAUAAUUUACAUAAUAUUGUAAAAAAAACUUCCCAGGCAACUUGCAGUAUGAAAGCAAGCGCAGGCUUUACUGAUAAAUUACUUGAUAAGAAACUUGCAUUUGGUUACAUGAAAAGUGAUAAUGGGAGACAAAAUGAAUCUGACUACAGUAAUAACAAAGUCAAUGAUCAAGGCCCUACUAAUGCAAGUAAUUAUCCAGGUGGAUUUGAUUCCUUUUUGGAUCACUGGGAAUCUGAAAAAGAGUUUUACUUUGAUCUUCAUUUUUCAAAUCGGUCUGCACUGAACUCACAGUUUCUAUUUGAGGUUUUUGGCUUAGCUAUCUGUUGGGAGAAUUCACCUGUAUAUUACAUCAAUUUAUCAAAGGAUCUGGCCUCGUCUGCAAAGCAAACUACAAGCCAUGCUACUUCAAAGAGUUCAGCUAUUGAUCAUAAUAUCUGUGAGGUGUGGGACUUUGCCAGAAAUAGAUGGAAUAGGAUAGCCAAAAUCAUGAGCCGAAAUGGCGUGAGGAAAGUAACAUGGAAUUUGAAAAGUCAGAUUCAGGUACUCAAAUUUCCCUGUAUUUCUUCUCAGCGAUUGGGGAGGCUGACUGUCAAUCACACGGAGUUGAAUAGUAUGAAACUAGUAGAUGGUUCAUUUGUUUCAUUACCACCUAUCUCUGUGCAUGGUGGAAUUGAUACAUGCCUGGUGGCAUGGAUCCUUUGGCCCGACGAGGAAAGUAAAUACAGUCCAAAUCUUGAGAAGGUUGUCAAAAAACGCUUAUCUAGUGAGGCAGCAGCAGCUGCUAAUCAGAAUGGCCGGUGGAGAAAUCAGAUGCGUAAGGCUGCACAUGAUGGCUGUUGUCGCAGAGUUGCACAAUCCCGUGCUCUUGGUUCUUUUUUGUGGAAACUACUUAUUUCUGAAAACCUAGUUGAAGCACUAAUUAAAAUAGAAAAUCCUUUGGUUAAAGUCCUAGCAGACAUGGAAUUCUGGGGCAUAGGAGUUGACAUGGAAGGAUGCCUUCGUGCAAGGCACAUCUUAGUCAAAAAGUUAAAAGAGCUUGAGAAGGAAGCUCAUACUCUGGCAGGGAUGUCAUUCUCACUAAAUACAUCUGCUGAUAUUGCUAAUGUGCUUUAUACACAAUUAAUGUUACCAAUACCCCAGAAUUGCAAGAAAGGGAAACUACACCCUAGUACUGGUAAACAUUCCUUGGAUAUUUUAAGAGGUCAACAUCCUAUAGUUUCAGUUAUUAGAGAGCACAGAACCUUGGCAAAGCUCAACAGCACAUUGGGUUCAAUCUGUUCACGAGCUCGUUUGUGUACGAAAACCCAAAAGUACAUAGUACAAGGACACUGGCUUCAGUCAUCGACAGCCACUGGUCGACUUUCAAUGGAGGAGCCAAACCUUCAGACUGUUGAGCAUCUGGUAGUCUUCACAACUGAUCAGUUAGAGCACUCACCCUCUAGAAAUAAGGAGCAUCAUCAAAUCAAUGCUCGUGAUUUCUUUAUUCCAACUCAAGAAAAUUGGUUACUGCUCACUGCUGACUACUCUCAGAUAGAACUGCGCUUGAUGGCUCAUUUUUCCAAAGAUUCUUCACUAAUUGAACUUCUUAGCAAGCCAGAUGGUGAUUGUUUUACCAUGAUAGCUGCUAAAUGGACCGGUAAGCUUGUGUCAACAAUUAGUUCUUAUGAGAGGGAUCAGGCAAAAAGAUUAGUAUACGGCAUUCUGUAUGGAAUGGGCGCAAAGUCCCUUGCUGAACAACUAGAAUGCAGCUCUGAAGAAGCUGCAAGAAAGAUUCAAAAUUUUAAAACUUCUUUCCCUGGCGUUUCUGCAUGGCUGCGUGAGGCUGUUGCUACUUGCUGCCAUAAGGGAUACAUUGAAACCCUGAUGGGUAGAAAGCGAUUUCUAUCAAAAAUAAAGUUUGGAGAUCAUAGUGAGAAGGCUAAAGCUCAGAGACAAGCUGUGAACUCAAUAUGUCAGGGUUCGGCUGCUGAUAUAAUUAAAGUUGCUAUGAUAAGGAUUCACACAGUUGUCACUGAAGGAAGUGAGUUAAGUGACAUGGAUGCUGAGCUUGCAGCAAGAUUUUCCAUGCUUAAAGGACAUUGUCGAAUACUUUUGCAGGUACAUGAUGAGUUAGUGCUGGAGGUUGAGGCUGGCUUAGUGAAGGAAGCAUCAUUAUUGCUGCAAAUGAGCAUGGAGAAUGCUGUGUCACUUCUGGUUCCUUUACGUGUCAAAAUGAAGGUUGGAAAGACCUGGGGUUCAUCAGAAACUUUCUGCCUGGAAACUUAAAUCUUUUUUUUCCUAAGUGCGCUGCAUGUGUUAAGAAUUAUCUUGGUGAAAUGAAAUCUGUGAGACUGCGGAUUUCAGUGAGGCUUCAUAACAUGGUUACCUUACUUAUGCCUGAAGGAUCGCAGUGCUACACCAUGAACUAUCUAAUCUUUGUACGUCAAGUCAUAAUGAAACUUGGCUUUUUGGCCACUUCAAGCUGCUUCCAGAUUUGUUCCUUGAGGAUUAUUUCACAUCACAAUAUACUCGUGGAGUGCUGUUGUAUUAUGCCAGAGCCAUAAAACAAGCUCACCAAUUAUAAGUAUGAUAGAUUUCAUCUGAGGCAUGUGAGUGGACUCAUUGUGAUUAGGCUAUCGCGUUGGAGCUACAAUAUAUGCCAAUCUCAGCUAUUGUCAGGUUCUGUCAGAUAAAGAAGUUGAACUGCCAAUCGGAUCGUAUAGCUGAGUAAAGGUGUUCUGUUAUCUGAAAACAUGGCGACAGUUGAGAAAUAGCUCCCUCGAAAUCCAUCAUGACACUUACUUGAAUUGCCCGUCCAAAUAUUUACUGUAUACAUAGCAAACAAAUCCAACAGAACACCAAAGUUCCAUACCCAAAAGCUAGACCCUCUCUACUU